AUGCUUGCUCGUCGUUCACUUGCCCGCGCCGCCGUCGUCGCCCAGCCAGCGGCCCUCGGCGCUGCCAGGAACAUGGCCACCCUCCGUGAGAUUGAGCUGCGCCUCAAGUCCGUCAGGAACAUCGAGAAAAUCACCAAGUCGAUGAAAAUGAUUGCGUCCACCAAGCUCGCAAAGGCCCAGAGGGCCAUGGAGGCCGGCAAGAAGUACGGCGAGGCUAACAAGGAGGUCUUCGCUCACGUUCCUUCCGACAAGCCCACACCCAACAAGCUGUUCGUUGUCAUCUCCUCCGACAAGGGUCUUUGCGGUGGUAUCCACUCUUCCGUCUCUAAGGCCACCCGCAAGGCUUUCGCCGGUGCUGAAGACUCGCCUUUCGUCGGCGUCUCACCCAACGACGCUGCCAUUGACGCCACUUCUCCCGUCGUCAUUAUUGGUGACAAGUCCAAGGGUCAGCUCCAACGCACCCUCGGUGCCAAUUACCAGAUCACCUUCAACCAGAUCGGUCGUGACAUUCCUACUUUCGCUGACGCCGCCGCCGUCGCUGACCUCAUCGUCCAAAGCGGCAUCAAGUACGAUGCCGUUGUCCUCGUUUACAACAAGUUCAUCAGUCAACUUUCCUACGAACCCGCUAUUAUGCAAGUGAAGGGAGAGGCAGCUUUGAACGAGUCGGAUGCCUUCAAGGUUUACGAGAACGAAGACGACGCCACCAAGGACCUCGCUGAGUUCUCUCUUGCCAAUGCCAUCUACGCCGCUCUUGUCGAAGGACAUGCUUGUGAACAGAGCGCUCGUCGUACUGCCAUGGAGAAUGCCUCGAAGAAUGCCGGAGAGAUGAUUGGUACCCUCCAGAUGCAGUACAACCGUGGUCGCCAGGCCGCCAUCACCAACGAGCUGGUGGAUAUCAUUACUGGUGCCAGUGCUCUGUAA